UAAAGCAAAAUAUGGGUACUUGGAAAUUACUGCAACUUGGAUUAUAUCAAAUUUUGAAAUAAAAGAUAAUCUUAAAGAUCAUAUAACCUUAAUUACUACCGAUAAUGAUACUAAUAUGGAGUUAACAUGGGAAUUUUCUGAAAAUACAUAUGUGACAUUAAGUCAAGUAAUUUCAAAAAUUAAAGAAAUGAUUAUUGAUUUAGCAA